AUGAUCUUAAACACUCACGGGCGGAGCAUCGAGGUUCGUAAAGUAGCGAGAAACAUCCAAAUUGAUAAUGAGAUUCAUAAAUUUCUUCAAGUCCUCUAAGUAAUAAUGCAAAACAUUGCCAUCCUUAUCAUCUAGCUUCACGGGUUAACCAUAAAAUUCAGCUAUAUUAUUCCCACGAAAGGCUACACUUCAUCAUCCACCACAAAGAAAACCCUUUCGAAACCCUAAAGUGAAUCAUGGGUUCGAAAGUUUCUGCCAUGUUUUUCAUAUGCAUUAUUUGCAUGUUAAUGGCGUUACCUCCAAUCUACGCUUGUGGCUACUGUGAGCCACCGCACCCACCCUCUCAUCACCCUAAUCCACCGCACCAUGGAAAAGGCGGGAGCCCUAAAGGCUCGCCGCCUUCUCACAAGCCGCCUUCUCAUAAGCCACCUACACAUAAUCCGCCGUCAUAUAAACCACCUUCACAUAAGCCACCUACACAUAAGCCCCCUAUGCAUAAGCCACCUACAGUUAAUCCUCCAUCACAUAAGCCACCUACACAUAAGCCGCCUUCAUACAAGCCACCGGUUGUUGUGCCCCCAAUUGUCAUGCCUCCACCAAUAAUAGUUAAUCCCCCUAUCGUGAAUCCUCCUGUUGUUAAUCCGCCUAUCAUUAUGCCUCCGAUCAUAAUGCCCCCCAUAACCAACCCUCCCGUCAUAAUCCCGCCGCCUACCACACCAACCUAUCCCCCUUAUACAGGCCCUCCUCCAUCCGGGGGAGGUGGUGUACCAGGUGUUAAACCGCCUCCAACCUCGAUGCCGACUUGCCCGAUAAACGCUCUAAAACUGGGGCUUUGCCUGGACGUUCUUGGAGGUUUGGUCCAUGUAGGGUUAGGAGAUCCAGUGGAGAAUGUGUGCUGUCCAGUGCUACAAGGGUUACUUGAGCUAGAAGCAGCUGUUUGUCUAUGUACUACAAUAAGGCUUAAGCUACUAAACCUAAAUAUAUUUCUCCCCCUUGCUCUUUCCGUGAUAGCAACAUGUGGCAAAACUCCUCCACCUGGUUUUGUAUGCCCGCCUCUCCCCUAAAUAACCUACUAGCUUUCAGUGCACAUAAUUGUGUGCUGCUUUCAGUUUAUCUAUCUUGUAAGUUUUGUCAUCUUCAUCGCUCUGGCGUUUUGCACUCUCUUAUGCAACAACUAAGUGUUUGAAUUA